CGACUGCGCGACCUUUUGAUUGAACAAACGCCUUUCCAUAUCAAUCGAAAAGAAUUGCUGCCAACCAAACGAACAGUACCUCUUUCCUUCCCGAUCGGUAGUUCGUACGAUACURCACCCACAUAUACAUGAAUUCAAGCAAGCGAAGGGGCCAUGUCCUCUCGGUCGCGUGUCUCAUUUUCCUCGGGGCACUCUGUCCUACAGACCGGAUCGAUGCGUUCGUGCUAGCUCCAAACGCACCGGGGGUUCGGUCGGGGAAUUUGGACACAUUACCGUCGUCGCCGUGUACCUCGUGCCGAAGCAUUCUUCCGCGCCGAACCAAAUACGGAUUGCUCAUUGCUACCGACAGCACGCGACAAGGUUUGAUGGCCACCGYAGACAGGGGUUACACAACAGGCUCUCCCAGCAAGGGCGAGGGCAGAAGCAUGGGAAAAGGGAAACAAACCGUAUUGUUUCAAAAGGUUAUUCGGCCCACGCAAGACAUGCCCGAUAUUUUGUUUUUGGGAUACCUCAUUGAAUAUCUGGAGAAAYAUUUUGUGCUGCCGUCCGAUCUACCGAUGGUUUACGAGAACAUGGUGGCUGGCAACGACGACGGCAGCGAUGGAGGCGAAGGCGAUCGGUAUACCCUGGCGUGGGACUCUCCCCUCUCGCCGAGCUCGGAUGCCACCCGCAUGGAAGUCGAAGUGGUCGGGAUUUAUACAGACGACAAGAAAAGCAAAGAUUCGCCGUCCACCUCGUCUCCGUCCGUUCCGAACAUGGCCAUGGUGGUGGUGCGAAGGUCCAAUGGUGUUGGCGUUGGCAAGAGCCAAUCCUCCUUGCCCCCCAUGAUGCAGGGGCUCUUUGACGACUCCGAAAAGCGCAUCAUCCAGGCUCUGGACCGCGGGCUGGACGACUUUGUGGCCGGAAAGAUCAAGUUCGACAUGGACGACGACGACGCUCUGGAACGCCAGAAUGGCAUUCCGGCAAACGUCAAGACCGCCGAGGAGGCCAUCGAAGCGGAACUCGUCGACGACGUUCCCGCACAUACCGAGAAGGCGGUUCCCGCCGAAGACGUUGUCUUUGACGCCUACGCCACCACCGAUCUGGGAGAGAGCAAGGAGCGCGACACUCCAGCCGAACCCUCGCAACAAAAGGACCCAAGGACCGAGCAACAAGUGGACGAUGCCAAGGCCCGUGCCUUGGCCACCAUGCAAAAGCCGGCCGACAAGGCCGAGAAACCGCGGUCGAAACAAGGCAGCAAGCCAAGUAGCGUGGAUUUUGCGGUCGAGGCCGCCAAAAAAGCGGCACAAGCGGCUAGGAGCAGGAAUGCAGGGACCGACAAUGAACACGACAAAUCUCGUACCAGUGAGUCCGCUGCGCAUACGGUCGACUUUGCGGUCGCAGCGGCUCGCAAAGCGGUGGAACUCCGAAAGAAGAAGCAGAAACAGCCUUCGCCGACCGAAUCCAAAAAAGCCCCCCCUCGUAGGGCCAAUAAUAGGAAGGUACGCGGCGAUCCCGAGGCAAUCUCGAGCGAAAUAAAGACGUCACUGAAAACGGAGAAAGGGCCCUCGAUGCCUCCAGUGCCCGAGGGAUGGAAGCCCAGGGAUUAUUUCAAGAAACAAAGAGCCUUUAGUGGCACAAUAUCGAGCCCCAAAAAGGUGAAAGCAAGGGCAAAGCGGAAGGCCUUAUCUGUAGCAAAGAAGUUGGCGACGGCAUCUUCCAAGCGAUCGACGAGGGCACAGGCAGCAAAGAUCGCCACGCAAUCGAACGACACCGCAGCGAACGCAAACACACCGGCCGACACGGAUUCAGACAUCAAGGAAUCCAUAGACAAAAGAAGAUUGAAUGCAAAACUAGUCGAUGGAUCCAAACCCGGUGAUACCGACGACGAUGCCGACACUAUGAAUUCUCUUCUCGAAGAAGCAACGAGCGACGACAGAAGCAUUCCUUCCAAAAAAGAAAUAGAAAAGGAAAUAAUGAAGGCGGCACAGACAGCCCUGGACGAGAUCGAGGCGCAAGGUAGCGAAAUGACAUCGGAAGAAAUGCUCAAAGAUAUUUUGAAGUUUGACGAAGAAAAGAAAAAGGAAGAGCAACCCGGGAGUGGUUUCGUAAGCGGGGCCUUGGAAGAGGCCAAAAAACUUAUGAAAGAUCGACACCGACAAAUCAAGGAACGGCAAAAACAGAAAGAGCAAAACAAGGUAGGAUUCAAAGAAUUCGACAAGCCGGAUUCCAAUUCUUUCCCAAAAUAUCCAAACUCCAUGGAUCCUUCGAACGAAAAGGAGCGCAAACUAACCCCCGAAGAAGAGUUGAAAGCAAUGUUUGCUGCAGGGCAGAAGAUUGCCGACGGAAAAAUCGAUUCAAAUAUCGAUAGGGCCGAUGUUGGUGGCUUGAAAAAAACGGGGACGACCGAAGAAGACGUAGACCGCUUGAUUGCAGAGGAGAAGACCGUGUCGAAAUACGCCCGGAUAUUAGACGACGAACUCGCCGAACUUGAAGUAAGAAUCAACACUUCGCCCGGAGAAGAACUCGAUGGGCCAAUGGAAAAUCCAUUGUUUGACCCCAUGUCGGGUCCGGAAGUGUAUAAUCCCAAUGUGGAACUGGAUGCCGUGAAUUAUCCCGGAGCUCUUCCAGGAACAGCGGACGUGAAGCUGCCCAAGGAAUUGAACGAAGCUAUAAAACAGGCCGAAUUUGCAGCCAGUGUCUUGAUGAAAAUGGAAGCCAAAGAAGAGAAAGACGAGAAGACCGGCGAAACAACCACGAAGUACUUUUCUGGUGGAAAGGAACUAACGGCAAAACAAGUGGAGAACCUUCAGAAGGUUGUAUCAGAAGCUUCAAAGAGUGGUAUUAUUGACAACCCCGUCGAAGUCAUGGCAGAAAGUUCCCGCCUCCAAAUUUUAUUAAAGGAGCUUUGGGAUCAGCCCGAAGAACGCUUCCGUGAAAUUGCCUCCAAUUAUAAGGAUUUGCUUUUGUCCGAGCGCUUCGUUGGAUUGAUCCGAGAUCGCUUGACGGCUAUGGCGGAUCGAGAUCUUGAUGCACUUCGGCGCGAUGACGAAAGCCUCCGAGAGCCUCACGAAAAAGAACGAGAGAUCCUGGGACAGCUGGUGGUUUACGCUCAGGCUCUUCUAAAAGAGACACGGGCUCUGGGUGCGGAAUUGGAAGCACACCAGCUGGAGAUUGUCCGAUCCAUUUGCAAGGUUGCAAUGGAUCCGGCACACACCACCGAAGAAGAAACCGCAAACGCGCUGUCCGAUGCCGUGAGGGAUAUGCGUCCCUUGUUGGACGAUACCUUUGUCGCAUAUUUGAAGUACGCCGUUGCCGAGGAAGAAGCAAAACUGGCGCGUGCCGGGUUACUGGACGAUCCCGAUUACAACCAGUGGCUCUUUGUGUUGAAUAUUGUCCAGCAGGGGGUAUAUGCGGAAAUCGCGAAGGGAAUCAACCGAUACAUAGAACACAUCUGGUACGUCAUUCGAAUGGAGUCACCCCAGCAACGGCGGCGACUUCUGGAGAGUCUAAUCGACGAUAUGCCCACCAUGGAUGUCCGGCCCUUUGUACAGGUUGUGGACAACAUCGUUGGGUCUCUCGGGGAUGGCGUUAACGGAAAUUUCGACGGUGUAGUACCACUCGGCGAAAUGACGAAUACAUUGCUGCAGCUCCAGCACGAUGUACAAGAACUCUUGCCACCCGAGCGAAUCGCCGAAAAGGCCCGCGAUGCCGACGAGUGGGCGGCACGCCAGAAGAAGCGCAUGAUGGAGCAGCGCAAAAUCGGCCAGCAGAGACUGGAGGCCGCAAAAGAGGUCGGCCAUAUGGAAAACGACGUCGAAGCCAUGUUCGGGAGCGAGGGCGAGGUUCUGGAUCGAUUCGACUAGAGAAGAAAAAGACUUUUCGUCGUAUCUGAUGCAGAAGAUUUAUUUUCUUCYAUCAAAGAAAAAAUCAAUAAAUUUUAAUCAAAAAGGGUUUUCUUAUGAUACAAUAAUUGGAUGCAAGAUUUCGUUUGGAAGAAUUCGAUCCUGAUAGUAGAUUGUCGACUGCUCUUCAACUUUUAUUUCUGUUCGAUGACAAUGGCCUUUUUCUCCUUUGUGUCAUCGCUGUUAUUGGUACCGUCAACCUCUACAUUCCCAUCAACACCGGCACCUGAUUUGCUCUCACAAAUGCCCCCAAAAUUAUAGGUCCCUUUCAGUACAUACCACGGAAAUAUAGUGGAAAGGCCGGGAAUUGAAGAAGCGCAGACCUGGUGAUCCGUCGAUAACUGGGCACAUGCAUUGAGUCCGACCUUCAGCCUCAGCAGAGUCGGGUUUCCAGCAAUGAAAACCGAAACGUCCAGACCCACGUUUCCUACUCCGGGUACGAUCAUGGCAAGACCUUAAUACACAGCAUAGCAAACA